AUGGGCUCGAUGGGCGGCGAGGACCUUCCCAAAACUGCCACAGCCGCCGUUCUGACCGGCGCAUACGGCGAGCCGUACACGAUCAAAGACGUCCCCAUCCCCGUGCCGGCUGCCCAGGACGCCCUCGUGGAAUUGGAGUACAGUGGCGUGUGCCAUGGCGAUGUCUACGCCCGGGACGGAGGUGGUCCGGCGCCCAAAGAUCCUGUACGGCCCCUGACGGGAGGCCACGAAGGGGUCGGGAGGAUCGUUGCCAUGGGCACGGACGGGCUGGACGGGUUCAAGGUCGGCGAUACCGUGGGUAUCGCGUGGAGGAGCUAUGUUUGCGGAACGUGUCAGGCUUGCCAGGCCGGCUCGGAGAACCAUUGCUUCAACCAAAAGAUUACUGGCGCACAUCGGGACGGGACUUUCCAACGAUACAUCGCCUUCCCGACCUCCCAGCUAGUGCCCAUCCCUUCGGGCGUCUCGUCGCUCCCGAGCGUGUGCCCCAUCCUCUGCGCCGGCGUGACGGCUUACGCAGCGCUGCAGCGAAUGAACCCGCAAGCCGGGAAAUGGUGCGUGGUGGUCGGCGGCGCCGGCGGCCUGGGGCAUCUGGCCAUCCAGUACGCCAAGGCCCUCGGGCUGAAGGUGCUGGCCAUCGACGGCGGGUCGGCGGAGAAGGAACAGUUCUGCACCAAGAUGGGUGCCGAUGUCUUUGUCGACUUCACGCGUCCGGGCUUGGUCGAGACCAUCGUCGACAAGACCGGCGGCGGCGCGGAUUACGUGCUCGUCCUGAGUCCGCAUCAGUCGUCGUACGAUGCCGCGGGAGAGUACGCGAGCUUCGGCGCGCAGAUAAUGGCGAUUGGGAUCGGGAACUUACACAUGUCUCUCCGGCCCCUGCUGCGAAAAGACCUACUCGUGCGCUCGAACCAGACCGGCACAAAAACCGACAUGCGCGAGGCCCUGCAGAUCUUCGCGGCCGGAAAGGUCGUGCCGGAGCUGGAGGUUGUGGACUUGCAUGACAUCAACGAGGCGUUGGACCGCAUCAAGCAGGGUAAAGUCAUGGGUAAGUUGGUGGCGGAUUUGAGGGGUGUUGUUUCUGGCGGUGGGAAGGAGAGGUAG